CGGAUGGGUUAAUCUUUCGUUCUUCCUUCUGGGUUUCUGGUUCUUUUGAAUUAUGUUCAUCUGGGGUUUGAAGAUUUGAAGCAUUAAUUCCGCGAAUUCUAAAGGCAAAAAAAAUGGACAGAACUCCAAACAAUUGAAUUUAUCAUCAAACAAACUAGAAGCUAUCUUUAUAUUACACUGAUCAUGAGUGGAAGUGAAGAGAAAUGUAUAAUAUUUGUCAAAUGCAUCAACGGUAUUGAUGAUUUCCAGUUCGACGUGCCCAUGGAUUCCUCCAUCACAAAUGUCAAACAACAAGUGCGUGACAGAUUGCCUCCAUCAGUGGUUCCAAGAGCUAGUAUAUCAAGUAUGGGUGGUUUGGAUAUAAAUCCUUAUAAGAAUGUUCAUGAUUUGUAUUAUAGUGUGACUUCAAAUCAAGCCUCUGACUUCACAAAGUUUUUGAACCUAAAGAUAAAUAUUUGUCUAUGUGGUGGUAAAGGUGGGUUUGGUCAGCUUUUGAAAGCACAAGCACAUUCUAUGAGUAAAAAAAAGAAUAGGAAAAACUUGAAAUCAAACUCAAAAGAUUAUUUCAAAACGUUGGAUGGAAGAAGAGUUAAAACUAUAAAGAAAAUAAAACAAUUGGAUGAGUAUAUGAGCACAUUGGAUGAACAUGAAAAGACCAAAAUUGCAGAAAAGAAGGCAAAAUUACAAAAAAUAUUAGAUGUGGAUCUCAAUAAGAAUGUCAAGUUUGAGGAUACUAAAUUCUUGGAUGAUGUGGAGAAACAACUUGAAGAAAUACGUGAAUCGGUCAAUUAUGUUGAAUCUAGUUCUUCUGAUGAUGAGAUCUCGUCUGAUGACGAAAGUGAUGAAGGAAAUAGUCAGAGCAUACAAGAAGGAAGCUCUGCCAGCUCUUCUUCAUCCACUAAAAACAGAAGAUCUAAAUUCACUUCAUUUUUUGAUGAGGACGAAGAUGACGAUGAGAUUGAGAAGGAACAAAGUACAAAAUCUCUACCAAACUCCAAAGGAAAAGAAAUUGAAGUCUAAUACCAACCACCUAAUGAUAUAAUGAACCAAAUAUAGAACUAAUAGUUACAAAACUACUGAUUUUGAGUGUAUUUGUAGGCUUCAUUAUUAUAUUGUGCUGCACUAACCGAUGUCCAGUACUUAAAAGGGUUUCCCGGACUUGACUAAUAGCUCAUAAAAAUUUAUUUUGUAGCC